CUCCGCCGGGAGAAGCAGGUGGAAGCCGCUCCGCUGCGUCGCUGCUGCUUCAGUGGGGAGGGAAGAAACUCCGCGCGAGCAGGGGAAUCCAAACAUUAACUUACUCAUUAUUACCGACAGACGCCAUCGUGAGAGGGAUUUCUCACUCUCGAGGAGAGAGGAUAAAAAAACGAAAGUAGAGAAGGGGAGGGAGGAAAAUAGAUUCAAACUGGAGGUGGUUAUGUGAGCGCCAGCUUGACAACCCGGUGAAUCGAGUUUGCGAAGAAGUGCUCUCAUAUUUCACUUGUCUCUCAGCACCUCAGAGGUCUUCUUUCGAAGCGGGCGCCCAGGAGAUGAACUCUCUGGACCACUAGUUGUCUGUGGACUUUGAUUAUUGUUUUUUCCCUUCAUAACAUUUUUAAAGAAGCCAACGGUUUUUUUUAGUGUUUUUUUAAAGGAGUUGUCUCUGAAAUCCGAGGCAAUGGGGGAGCAGCCGAUCUACACCACCAGAGCCCAUGUCUUCCAAAUUGACCCAAGCACCAAGAAGAACUGGGUUCCUGCCAGCAGGCAGUCUGUCACUGUUUCUUAUUUCUACGACAGCUCACGUAACAGCUACCGCAUCAUCAGCGUGGAUGGAACAAAGGUUAUCAUCAACAGCACAAUCACACCCAACAUGACAUUCACCAAGACAUCGCAGAAGUUUGGGCAGUGGGCAGACAGUAGAGCCAACACCGUGUUUGGGUUGGGCUUUGCCUCGGAGCAGCUCCUGUCAAAGUUUGCAGAGAAGUUCCAGGAAGUAAAAGAUGCAGCCAAGCUGGCAAGAGAUAAAUCUCAGGAAAAAGGAGAGACGUUGAGCAAUCACUCACAGGAAUCUGGACGCGAGACUCCUUCAUCCAACCAGGCAUCAAGCAUUAAUGGAACAGAUGAUGAGAAAAUCUCAAUUGUCACUCCAGAGGCUGCUGUGUUGAAGAAUGAAAAUGAACGUCUCAAGACUGCAGUAGAACAAAGCAACACCAACGCCAAGAAGUGGGAAACAGAGCUUCAAACUUUGAGAGAAAACAAUGCGAGGCUGGUGGAUGCACUGCAGGAGUCUUCUGCUAAUGUGGAGAGCUGGAAGAAACAACUUAGUGUCUGCAAAGAAGAGAGUGACACACUCAUACAAAAGAUUGCAGAACUAGAGGCUCAGUGUAAUGAAGCCAAUCAAGAGAAGCAGAAGAACGCCCAACUGACCAUUCGAGUGCAGGAGCUGGAGGCUGAGCUGCAGGACAAGGAGCAGGAGCUGGAGAACCUCAGAAAACAGGCAGAGAUAAUCCCACAGCUGAUGGCAGAGUGUGAGAGCAUCGGUACAAAACUACAGGCUGCAGAGACCAAGAACAUUGAGCUGGAGGGGAGGAUUGCAGGCCUUCAGACGGACAUAGAUGACAGCAGACAAAAACAGGGCAACAUGAAGGGCGAGCUCAAAAAGUUCAUGGAUAUUCUAGAUGGCAAAAUCGAUGAGCUUCACGAGUUUAGGCAGGGACUCUCCAAACUUGGUGCUGAUAACUGAGGGUGGGGAAAAAACAGCAGUGGUGUGAAAAGCUGAGAGGUCAGGUAUGAAGGAUUCACUACAUAUGUCCUCAGGACAUCCAAUACAUGCAACCUACGCAUCCCAUAAACACAAAAGGGGACAUUUACUCAAAUACUUUCAGCUUUAGUUUGUAAAAAAAAAUAAAAACUAUUCGAGAUAGAGGAGGAGAUUGACCUAUAAGGGAAAAAAGCCAGCUUGUUGUGCAAAAUGGCUCCAUUUUGUGUGCUGGCAUUGUGGAACUACAUUUAGUGUCACACCUAAAGCUUACUCAUCUAUUUCUGUGGUGGAAAAUGGCUUUAAAAAGAUGGUGGCGGCUUCAUAGAUCCUUUCCGUCUGUCCUGUUUCAAAGGCUACAGAACUCCUGCACAAGCUGUAGAGGAGGAGACAUUAAAGGGCUACAAUGAACAACACAAAGACGGCGCAAAGUAAUAAUUAGUGUUAAUCCUUGUGGCCCCCUUUCAGAGAAUUUGCAGAUGAAGCAGACUGUCCUCGUCAUUGCCUCAUGCUUAUCUCAGGUGUCUCAGAAAACACUUUGUACCCAUUAGAUUAUAGGAACAUUCACAACAGAUGGCCAUGACACAAAGUGCCUCCAAGUGCAUCUUGAAAGAAAGCUGGCCAAUUGAUGCCCAUCCUCACAAUGACAACUGGAUGAUUUUUUUUGGGAUAACCAGAAGAUGAGUGGGAUUCCUCUGUGAUGAAAUGAGAUGAAAGAAAAGGUAGAAAGGGUGUUCUCCUGAGAGUGUCCGUGGGGAGAGGUUUUUGUGGACAAAGCAGCUGUUUGUGUAAAAAAAAAAAAAGACUCCCAGAAAGGACAGCUGCAGGAAUUUGUCACGUAGGUGUUUACAGUCCUUUUAAUUGUAUUCAAGAAGAAAACUUCAAGAUUUCCCCUUCAAAAAGAUUCAAAAGUAUAAAGAAAUGACAUAUUGCCAUAAGUAGUUUUUUUUUUUCCUUUUGGAGGUUUUUUCUGUUUUUGUUUUUUUGCAUUUAUGGAACAAACAUGUCUCCAAAGCCGUGUUUGUGCUCCCUACACUGGUUUUUGUAAUGGUGGUGGUCAUAUUUUGGAAAAGUGGAAACACUGCUGCUAAGGUGAAAGAGGAAAAGUAAGCUGAAGGUGUACUUCACUGAUGACAUUUUUGAUUGGAAAAAGUGUUUUCUCUUGAACUUUUGUCUUUAUUUUUCGUUUUUUGGGGGGUCUUAAAUAUUUUUUCGAGUGUCCUUUUUAGACCAAGUUCAUCUUGAUCUUUUGUCCAAAUACAGAAUCAUUUACAAGAAGAAACUCAACCUUCAGAGAUGUUCACAACUGAGGGGGGGUGUUGCAGCUGCUUUAGGGGGUUUGAAAACUACUUUUUGGAAUCAAAGCAUGUGUGGUGACAUAAAGUAUAAUCCUCUGUCAGACAUCUUUAUUUUUUAAUCACUGUUCUGAGCUCGUCAUGAGGCCGAGAUGUCAAGGAAUUAUAUCCUUUUUUUCGGUUUGCCCCUGUUUGGAACCUAUGUCUGGAAAACACAUGAUGUUUCUUCCUGUUGAACCAACGCCUAUUGUGCACACGUGUGAUUCCUGUUCAAUAUUGUACAAUAGAAAUGAAGUUGGUAAAAUUUAGUUUAAUUACAA